CUUAUGAUAACGUUCUUAAAGAGGCAGAAGGCUGUUUUCUACUCUGGCAUUUUCUGACCUGCAUCAAUAUUCCACCUGAAUUGGACCAAUCAACUGGCUAAGUAAAAUGCUAAUCUGCUAGCUAAGCAACAUGCUAACAGCUUCCUAAGCUACAUGCUAACCUACUGGCCAAGCUACAUGCUCACCUUCUAGCUAAGCUUCAUACUAACCUGCUGGCUAAGCUAAAUGCUAAACUGCUAGCUAAGCAACAUGCUAACAGCUACCUAAGCUACUUGCUAACCUACUGGCUAAGCUACAUGCUCACCUUCUAGCUAAGCUACAUACUAACCUGUUGGCUAAGCUAAAUGCUAACCAGCUAGAUAAGAUACAUGCUAACAGCUUCCUAAGCGACACGCUAACCUGCUAGCAAAGCUACAUGCUAACCUGCUGGCUAAGCCACAUGCUCACCCUCUGGCUCAGGUACAAGCUAUCCUGCCAGUUCACACCAGGGCGGAUUACAGCAGAGGGAGCAACAUGCAUUUUGCGGUGCUUUCAUGCACUCACAUGCACAUACAAACACACCCUGCUGCACUGGGUGCUGCGUGCAGACAAUCUGUGGUGGAGGUGAACUGAAGAUGGAUCCUCCUCUUCCACCAGUGAUCCCAGCAGGUGAGGGGAGACCCCUUACCAGAGCAGAGUUUCUCUCCUUGUUCACAACAUACAACUGUUACCUGAAGGAAAACACUCAACACCACCUCAGUUACUGUCAGGGCGAUGAAGGGGGCGUGGCUUUGGAGGGUCUUCUCAACAUCUCCUGGGGAGUCCGCCGGCCAAUCAGACUCAAGAUCCAGGAUGAAAAGCAGACACUCCCCAUCACUCAACUCAUGUCACCUGAACCGGGAGGACCAGUCCUCAGUCCUCUGGAUGACAAAAGGGGUAUGACGAGAUGGGGAGAGUAUAGUGACCUCCAUCAGAUCGAUGAGAUGUCUGAGACCACGUCUGAGACAACGUCUGAGACAACGACCAAAGGUCCUCGUAUCUACGAGUCCACCACCCUUCGGCCUGAGAAGCCCAAACCCCUGGAGCUGGAGGCAGAGUCUAACCUAUUCCGCUGUAUGAGCGAUGCCUCAUUGGUCAAGAGGAGAAGGGGGCGAGGCAAGACGGCAGCGCAACGCGAGAGAGAAAAGCAGCAUCGGUUUUCUAUCAAUGGCCACUUCUAUAACUAUAAGACCUCUAUUUUUAUUCCCUCCUUCGGUACUCCCACCAAAGUCAGGAUCUCCAGCCAGAUGAGAACUCACCAGGUGAUAGAACAGCUACUGCACAAGUUCAAGAUAGAGAACGACCCCCAGGACUUUGCUCUCUACUGCCUCCACCAGACUGGAGAGAGGAGGAGGCUGACUGGUCAGGACCAGCCCUUAUGGGAGCGCUUCCUGCAUGGUCCCUCCGAGGACAUUAUGAAGGUCUUCCUGAUGGACAGCAAUGAACAGGAAGUCAGCAACGAUGUGGCUCAAUAUCUGAACCUAGAGCUGCCCAUCCUAGAGCAGGUUCUGCUCAAACUCAAAGAAGCAGAGAAUCGAGAAAUACAUACCGUCAUCACCAAAUAUCGUCAUCAGCAAAGUUUGAUGUCUCACAUGCUGAGCAGCCAGAGCACUCACAUCGAGACCAGUGUCUGACCAGGAUAUUCACACCUGUUAACCUAACAGAAUAAAAUUUGAAAUAUUAAUGAAUCUCUAUUUGUUUUAUAAGGUACACACAAAAGUGUGUGUGUGUGUGUGUGUGUGUUGGAAAUAACACACACACAUACACACGCACAAACACAGGCACACGUGCUUAUAAGCACACAAACAUUAGUGAGUCUUAACAGAGAGAUAUACGUAGGUGUGACUACGUUUGUUUACUUUACUUUAUGACACACACACUUCAUGCUUUUAUCACUGCUAUCAAACUACCCAGGCAUUACCUCUUUAUUCAAUCUUUCAGGUGCUGUGUCAUGAUCUCUACUGUUGUCUCUCAAAGAAGACGAUGUGUAAAUAAAGUUUGAUUGAUUUAAUGAUGUAUUGUAGGUAAAACACAACAAUUUGUCACAGAGUACAGAUGUGCAUUGGAACUGAUUAAAAAAGUACAAAAAAGUACAAAAAUAAUUGAAUUAUCGCACAGUGCAGUGGUUCUCAAAGUUUUGACAGCUGAGGGCCAAUUUAGGGACCCAAAAUUUGACUGAGGGCCGCCAAAGGAAAAAAAAUUGGCGGGAAACGCCGGCAGCAUCCCAGUGGUGAAAAAAAACAUUGCACCGUGGACCUCUGGGAGUGAGGUCAAGUGAGGUCUAAAUCACGAAACUGAUGUUCAUCCUUUCAAAGUAAUGUACGGUUGGAUUAAAACUAACAAAUGUAAAAGGAUUUAAUUGAAAGCUAGAGAGUCGACU